UGGGCACGUCACGACACGUCUGGGUUCAGAUGCAGGGGAACCGGGCAGAUCUCGCAGUGUUAUUCAUCAUAAAAAAUAAGUGGCCUGAAACCCACCAGAGAGGCCUACCUGGGUGGGGGAAACACGAUGAGUAGGAACAACGUGCUUCUGAAAGUGAUCCUGCUGGGAGAUGGUGGAGUCGGGAAGUCCUCUUUGAUGAACCGCUACGUCACAGACCGCUUUGACUCGCAGUCAUUUCACACCAUUGGCGUAGAGUUCCUCAACCGAGACUUGGAGGUGGACGGGCGCCCGGUCACCCUUCAGAUCUGGGACACGGCAGGUCAGGAGCGCUUCAAGUCACUCCGCACCCCGUUCUACCGGGGCGCAGACUGCUGCCUGCUCACGUUCGCUGUCAACGACUUGCAGAGCUUCCUAAACCUCAGCUGCUGGAAGAAGGAGUUUAUGUUCUACUCUGACAUUAAAGAGCCGGAGAGCUUCCCUUUUGUGGUGCUGGGCAACAAGGUCGACAUGGAGCAGAGGGAGGUCGGGGAGGACGAAGCACGGGCCUGGUGUGAGGAGAACGGCUGCUGCCCUUACUUUGAGACCAGCGCUAAAGACGACACUAAUGUCACAGCUGCGUUCGAAGCAGCUGUCCGGGUGGUUCUAGCUGCUGAGGACCAGAUCGGUCAUGCACUACUCGGCAGCACUAUUGAUCUUCAUGGCAACCGUAAAACCUCUCGUGGCUCCUGCUGCUGAUAGUAGCAGGGGGUACUAAGCUUUUCUCCCUGAAACUUGCCUGUUUGUUCUUACAACAGGUGUACUGUAGGCUUAAGGUACGGCAUCCAGUAAGGAUUCUAUGCAGGAGAUGCAGCUUGUGUGAGGAAGCUGGUGUCAGGGAUUUCAGCUGCUCUCUUGUGAGCCGAAUUGUUGCUCUUAUGAAGGCACAGGCAUUCUGUGACAGGCGCGUUCGCCUUUUCUGCUUUCAGUGCUAUCUCACAAGAUAUUACAUCCUUCUCUGUUUAUAUGCGAGGGUAGUAUCAAAUAAUGGAAUGAAGCAUUGUCUUUUAUCUCGUAUAUUGGAAGACAAAAGUCUUGUCAGUUUUCUCAUAAAUACACAAACAUAUGGAGUUGCGAUGUUUUCUGAUCUCAAAGUGAUUAGGCGUGGGUUAUUGGUAUGAAGAUAAAAAUGAAAGUAAUGAUUCCAAUAACCAUGAAAACCCUCCAUCGCAACACUCAUGUGGUUUAAAAUGAUUUUUAAGGAGAUGCAAGAGAAAGUCCUGGAGUUUUCUCUGCCUGCAUUGGCCAUACAGUAAGGCAGAGUUGCCCCUCCUCCACGUGUUUUGGCCAGCUGACUGAAAGUAGACCAAUUUAGUAGUUUGAAAAUAUUUCCAGCUGACCGUCACCUUUAUUAAAGUGGUUCUGUUUUACAAUGAUUGUUUUAAGAAUUAUCUGAUAAGAUGGGUAAAGAGCCAUUACGUCAUGUUAUUCAUUUUAGUUUGCAUAAGCAAACUAUGAAAAUCUCAAGCUACGUAGAGUCCCUUGACUACCUGAACUGCUUGUAUUGACUAGGUUUGUGCCAGUAUGAAGGCAUAUCAAGAUUUUUAAAAAGUUCUAUCUUUAAAAUUAAUAUCUUUGGUCAUGCCAUUUCUAAAGUCUAAAGUUCUUAUACUAUGAUAAAGCGACAAUGUUGCUAGAAUUUUCGUUGACUUUACGCAACGAAGCCCUGCCCCUCCUCCAUGUAUAAAGAUGUGCACUGCUGGUCAGCUUGCUCAAAGAAAUUAGGCUUUAUUUUUUCAUACUCGAAGAAAGGACCAAUCUGGCCUAAAGAGACGGUCAAGGUGUCGAAAAGAAGGCCAUCCUUCGCCGUUGGUUGGGUGUUUUAAUGCUGCAUUUGGAAGCUAGAAGCUUACUAGUGAAGUGUUGUAACUAAAAUAUGCAACACAUGAUCAAAUCUUUGUGUGAACAGAGGCAAGCUGUUAUUUUCACUGGAGACUACAGACAAAAUUUCAUAUCAGCCCAUGCCUAAUGGUGAUAUACUAAAAAGUAUUAACUAUAGUACUAGUUACAGUACUCUAAUGUUGAGUUAGAAUCAAAAGUAUGCGCUACACACAGACCGUUUGAGUAUGGUUCUACAGUUUACACAAAUGCUGACUGAGCUUCAAUUUGUGGUACGAUAAACUACAAACGUUAGUACUCUUAAAAAAAAAAAAAGGCUAUAAGGUGCAUUCAUUAGAAAGGGAAUGUUGAUCAUCAGGUUUGCGGUUUUGCCAGUGAGCAUUAGUUGCACGGCAGUCUUUUGUUUGCCUCUGCACUACGUGGAGGCUGGGUGUAAUUGAGAAUUUAUGUCUCGGUUAUAUCCGCUAGUUUUUCUUUUUUUGUUUUUUUUUUCCAUGCGACAGUUUACCAGGCAACGAAUGCUUGUUGAACAAAAUAAUUAAAACGUCGUUCUGCCUCUGGUAUUUUUCUUUUUUAUUUCUAUCCAAUAGUUACAUUGGGCUUCAGUGUUUGGUCAGGGACAGUUGAAGAAACUUUUCCUUGCUAGGUAGAAGAGCUCUAAUUAUAAGUGGCCUCUCUGUAAUCCUGCGUCGGCCUCAACAUUCCAGUCUUCUAACUUUGCUCGCCUGAGGGUCUCCGGAGCAUUACUGAUAAAUGAUGUACUUCUCAUUACUUCCAGUGUGUAUAUUCUACAUCACCUCUUCAUUCUUACAGCAUUUGGCAAAAAACAUGCAAAGUACUUGGAAAAGUUGUUUACAUCCGUCACUGCAUUCACAGACUUGGACACUGGCCACAGGUACAUUUCACUUUGUUUUUAUUAGUGGUGGCCAGAAGGCUCUGUUUUUUCAUGCGUGGUAUUGGACGAUGUUACAGCCAAUAGUAAUUUAAUAGUCAUUAUGUAUGCGUAGUAUUUUUCUUAAAUUUUUUUUUUAGGUAAAAUGUAUUGUUAUCAUUUUAAGUAGAAAAAGAUCAUUAUGUUGCAUUUUGUUUGUCAGUCUCAGCCUGAGAUGCAUUGUUUACCUCCCAAGAUCAAAAGUUGAAACACUUGUCGUUUUGAACUAAUGGUAAUUGCAAGAAUUCACUGUGAAAGUGAAGUGAGUAAGGUACUGUUACAUUAAUCAAGCUUAUACAUAAGCGGACAAUGUGGAGUGUGUUGGGUCAUUUCACCUCUGAUACUUUGUACUACUGUAGUUUUUCAUUUUUUAAUACAUGGACGUCUCUGAUAUGAAAAAGAGAAGUCUGCUACAUGACCUAAAGCCCCCGCCUCCAUUCAUAUCCGUCCUGUAGAUGUCCCUUACUUACAUUGACAACCACCUUCCAGUAGGCAUGCUGUAAGGAAAUGUGGCUUUGAGACUAAAAUCUACCCACAACCUGUUCAGUUAUUUUAAUUUGAUCAGAUUUCUCUUGUGUUUUGUAAAUUACGCAACAGGCUUACAAAAUGAGAUCAGCACUACAACCAGAGUAAAUGGUUCAUAUUGAAAUAUAGAGGAUUUAAACAUUUUUUGCAAUUACCUCCAUCUUCUACCAAUAGAAAUGACAUGGGACGACAUGGGGAAAGUUUAAAAAUGCAACUCUUUGGUGCAAAUUAACAAAGGGGUUAGAUGACCCAGGGUUGCAUUGUUUUACAAAAACUGUGAGUUAAAGACGUAAUUUAAAGACUACACCAACUCUUCAAACGAGGGCUAAUAGCUGUGAGUUAUUUUUGUGAUUUAACUUCAUCUGUUUUCUUACACUGCUGUUUGAGUUUAAUCCCGUUUGCAUAAAAAAGUCUGUCAUGUUUUUUUUAAAACCUGAAAUCAGCCUUGUUAGUAAAAUCAGUGUUAGCUAAGAGCAUACAAUUUCCUAUGUUCUGAUAAAUUUUCUCAUGUUUCUGUGGUAUUUAUGAAUGUAAUUUUUUUUUAUUAUUUUACAUUUUUAAAAUGUAGAAUAUUGUUUUACUGCCUGUGCUCAACUCAUGAGUGCAGCUCUAUCUGUGCAGAACAAUAGUUUCAUUUUGAUUAUGUGCUGAUCUGAGACAGCUGCCCUUCCUCUACUUUGCACUAGUAAUAGUAACACUGAAGAAUUGAUCUCCAGUGCUUGGCUUCAAAUAAAGUGUGCAUCAUACCAGAUGGUGAUUCUGA